AAAGCCAUCUUCGACCACGCUCGAUGGUAGCCACGCGUGUCCUCUCCCACCGCCGUCGCCGCCGCCAUACGCACCUAUUUUUCUUCGUUCUCACCCACCGUCCAUCCGCACGAUCGAUAGCUUGCUGGUGUUGAUGGCGUUAGAGACGAUUCCGAGCUCCGGGGAUGCUUCGGAGGAUGACGAAGAGGAAGCGGCGGCAGGAGGAGGAAGAGGGUGGGUCGAGAUGGCGUGGCGGUUGGGCAAGAGGGUCGCCAUCGCCGGGGCCGCCUUCACUGCGGCUCCCAUCGUCAUCCCUUCCUACUGCGUCGCUUCCACCGUCGGCCUCGCCCUCUCUGUUCCGUUCGGCUUGUACCUGGCCACCAUGGCCGCUACCGAGAAGGUCAUGAGCUCUCUUCUCCCUCCAGCUUCCCUGGCAGAACCGGAAGAAGAGGAAGGAGAGGAAAGGUUCAUUGUAGAUGUAGAAGAGGAGGGGGAAGAAGGAGAGACGCCUGUGGCAGAGCAAGAAGCGAUGGCACCCCAGAGCAAGCAAACAUCAGCAACUGAGCCUUCCAUGGACGCUCAGACGGAGACUCUCACGUUGGAACCCAGCAUGGUUGUCAAGACAUCUCCAUAUGAGAGGCACGAAAGGAAGGAUAUGAUCUGGGAAGAGAUCUCCGCGCUGCGAACCAUAAUGGGGUACAGAGAUGCACUGCGCUCGUCGACCGUGGAGGAACUCCGAGCCCUCUACAUCUUCACCGGUGUCGAGCCACCCAUCUCCCUGAAGGACCCCUCGAACAUGAUGGAGAUCCAGGACAAGCUUCGGUUCCUCAAGUUGCUGGUUGGUGUGAAGUGAAUCGAGAGCUGUACAGAAUCUUCUGUAACACUUGCGAUGAACGUAAACAAAGUGCAUAGUGAAUGCUAUCUUAGGGGGAUAUGAUAUAGAAGAGCAUGAGAGACAGCAUUGAUUGCGAAUGGAAUUACUUGUCAGAGGAGCCAAAGUAACAAAGUUCGUUCCUAAAGCAAAAACAUCUUUGUUCAAACAAUCACUAUUAGUCAUCGAUGGAAGACAC